AUGUCAGAAGUUUCCAGACUUUAUUCAUCCAAGAACUACUCAGACAAUGACACUGACAAUGAUACAGACAAUGACACAGACAAUGACACAGACAAUGACACAGACAAUGACACUGACAAUGAUACAGACAAUGACACAGACAAUGAUACAGACAAUGACACAGACAAUGACACAGACAAUGACACAGACAAUGACACAGACAAUGACUCAGACAAUGACACAGACAAUGAUACAGACAAUGACACAGACAAUGAUACAGACAAUGACACUGACAAUGAUACAGACAAUGACACAGACAAUGACACUGACAAUGAUACAGACAAUGACACAGACAAUGAUACAGACAAUGACACUGACAAUGACACUGACAAUGAUACAGACAAUGACACAGACAAUGACACAGACAAUGACACAGACAAUGACACUGACAAUGAUACAGACAAUGACACAGACAAUGACACAGACAAUGACACAGACAAUGACUCAGACAAUGACACAGACAAUGAGACAGACAAUGACACAGACAAUGAGACAGACAAUGACACAGACAAUGAUACAGACAAUGACACAGACAAUGAUACAGACAAUGACACUGACAAUGACACUGACAAUGAUACAGACAAUGACACAGACAAUGACACUGACAAUGAUACAGACAAUGACACAGACAAUGAUACAGACAAUGACACUGACAAUGACACUGACAAUGAUACAGACAAUGACACAGACAAUGACACAGACAAUGACACAGACAAUGACACUGACAAUGAUACAGACAAUGACACAGACAAUGAUACAGACAAUGACACAGACAAUGACACAGACAAUGACACAGACAAUGACACAGACAAUGACUCAGACAAUGACACAGACAAUGAGACAGACAAUGACACAGACAAUGAUACAGACAAUGACACAGACAAUGACACAGACAAUGAUACUGACAAUGACACAGACAAUGACACUGACAAUGACACAGACAAUGAUACAGACAAUGACACAGACAAUGAUACAGACAAUGACACAGACAAUGACACAGACAAUGAUACAGACAAUGACACAGACAAUGACACAGACAAUGAUACAGACAAUGAUACUGACAAUGACACAGACAAUGACACUGACAAUGACACAGACAAUGAUACCGACAAUGACACUGACAAUGAUACAGACAAUGAUACUGACAAUGACACAGACAAUGACACUGACAAUGACACAGACAAUGAUACCGACAAUGACACUGACAAUGACACAGACAAUGAUACAGACAAUGAUACAGACUAA